AUGGCGUCGCACUUGCGACCGAUGACUACAGCUAAAGCGACGGAUGCGAAAGCGAGCGCGACAACUAGUGGCGACGGGAGCGAGAAGGAGGUGUGGGUGAUGACGCAAGCAAAGGAGGUGGUGACAGCAGCACUGGAGGCGGGAUGGGGGACGGUGGUGGUAGAAGGAACGGAAGAAGAAGGGGAGAGCGGAGCGGGGAAGAAGGGGAAGCGCAAGGGUCGCGUGCGCGUGGUGACGCGGAGAGGCGCGGCGGUGUACGGCGCGGGCGGAGAGAGGGUGGCGGCGUGGGUGCGCGUGGCGAGCGCGGCGGAGCAGGAGGCCAUGUGCGCGCUGGCGGGGCGAGAGGACGUUGUGGUCAUGGACGCCGCGGACUGGAAGGUGCGCGCCGUGGGGGGAAAGGGGGGAGGGAUGGGGGCUGUGAUCCCAGCAGAGAACGCGGUGGCGGCCUUUGCACCCACGCGCACGUCCAUCAUGGGGGUCGCCUCCACCGCUCAAGACGCCCAAGUGCUGCUCGAGUCUCUAGAAGCAGGGCUGGACGGCGUUGUGCUGCGCACCUCAGACCCCUCACAAGCCUACCUAUCGCAGCGCUCGCGCACAGCAUCCCAGGUGGAGCUGGUACCAGCGACAGUGACAGCAGUGGCGGCAGCAGGCAUGGGGCACCGCGUGUGUGUCGACCUCUGCUCGCUGCUGCCCCCCGGUGCAGGCCUGCUGGUGGGAUCAUUCGCGCGGGGUCUCUUCCUCGUACAUGCAGAGUGCUUACAGUCUGACUACGUCGCCUCACGGCCCUUCCGAGUCAACGCGGGCCCUGUGCAUUCCUACGUGGCCGUGCCGGGCGGAUCAAUUCCACAACCUGGCCCUGUGCAUUCCUAUGUUGCCGUGCCGGGCGGCCGCACAGCAUACCUUUCUGAGCUAACGGCAGGCAGCACAGUGCUCGUGGUGGAGCGCACAGGACAAACUUGGCCGGCCACUGUGGGGCGGGUGAAGGUGGAGGCUCGUCCGCUCACUCUUGUGACAGCCAAGGUACCAGGCCAUGAAGACAGCUUCUCCAUAAUCCUUCAGAAUGCUGAAACCGUUCGCCUCGUCUCUCCACUAGACCCCUCCGCAUCCAAGGCGGCAGCAACAGGGUCAGUGUCAGUGAGUGAGUUGAGAGAGGGAGACCAGGUGCUGCUGGCAAUGCAGCAAAACGCAGCACGGCACACAGGCAUAGCCGUUCAGGAGUUUGUCCGGGAAGCAUAG